AUGUCUGAUGAAUCUGGUUCGGACUCGUCAAGAUCCUCGGGUAUUCAUUCAGGCUCAGACUUGGAAGAUGAGGACAACCAUGACCGGCCUGUAGCUCCACCAAGCGAAAAUGCCUCCAAGGAGCAUUACCAAAAGUAUAUCAAAUACCUUCAGCUUCAGCAUGGCAAGCUUGAGAAGUGCAAUGCAACACUCAAUGAAAGCAACAAUGUCCUCAACACCCACCAGCUAAAAUGCUCUCGCAAGCACCCUCUUACAGCGACAUCCUCCAAUACAAUAUCAUCGGCGUCCCAACCAUCUUCCACGGGUCCAUCUGCUGCACCUUCUGCUGCAUCUGAUUCAAUGUCCAGCAACAUCGAGAAGCUCAUUCUCGGCUUGGCGAAGAAGUACGUGAUUACUACUGAAAUGUUCCUUCCCGACAAGAUCGUUUUUCAAACUGAUUGUCCUGACCCUCCAACUGAUAUCUCGAAUCCGAAUCGUUAUGCGAAGAAAUCGACUGAGAGGGACGCACUUGUAACCGAGCUGUACACAUCUAUUGACUUUGUGUUGCACCCUCGGAUGCGGACAAACGCCUUCUAUAAUCAGUUUGGAACCGGAAUGCAGCAGGCUCGGUCAUCGUUUAUCAACGGGCUAUGUUCUGUGGCAGGUAGCAUAUUCAGCAUGCCGAAUGAGUAUUUCAUGUCAAAAUACGACCGCAAUUCUGUCCCGCAGGUCACAGACUUGAUUGGAUGGGAAGCCGGCAAGGGAAAGGUGUUCGACAUUUUCAAGGCACCAAUACUCUACCCCGAUAAUGUUAUUGAUGCGAAGAGAGUAUUUAAAAAUUGGCUGGUGAUUGCAAAGGUCAUCAAGGUUGCGGUCUGCGGCAAAAUGUCGUUAUAUCCGAAAGCACGAGGUGGCCCGCCUCCCUAUGCCAAGAUUUGGCAGCUCACAAGCUGCACUCCCGGCCUAAUCACAUUUGGUGUCACCUCGAUCAUCUUCAUCCUGUCUCCUAAUCAAGAAUUCUCAGGAGAUGGUGUGGGAGCCAUAUCAUCAAUCCCAUAUCACGCAGUCUUCCGAACUGUCAAGAAGUUCUUUGCCGUCAAAUGGACACACAAUCACAUCAAAACCAUUGUGCAGCAAAUCAACACUUAUGUUUUUGACGGCGUCGUCAAGACACAGUCGGAUGAUACUCCAGGCACUACAGUAGAGGAUGUUACCGAUUCACUGGACCGUGUUAUGGCCGUGCUUGAUGAUGACAGUGACUCAGAUGGUGCUUCAUUGUAUGCUGAACCACAUGUUCAAGUCGAGACACACCACAAAUCUCCUGCAGUUCUUACCGUCUCACUUCCCUCUGAAUCUGAACCUCCAGUACCCCAGACUGUCAACUGUUUCACGGCCCCGACCAUUCACAAUGAUCCCGCAAUCCCUUCUGCAUCGUCGUCCAUCUCAUCUCAGAGUCCCCCCACUGCUGUCAUGUCUGCUGUGACAUCACUUGCAGCUGCGUCAGCUGACAUCCAAGGUGUCGACGGGAUUUCCAAGGAUUGCCUAGCCGAUUCAGAUACUGGUACUAGCAAUAGCAAGGCACAGAAGAAGGCAGCGAGGGGUGGCAAGAGGACCAAGGCUUCUGUCAAUGACGCUGAUAUUCGCCGCUCUUCCCGCAAUACGAAAUGA